CCCCAAUAAAUAAAUAAAUAAAUAAUAAUAACCAAACGAUCGAGGGAGGAGGAGGAAACUAAAGGGCAGAGACAAGAGACCAUCUCGCCGGAGAGGGAAAGUGUAGGAAUCGCUGUAACUUCGUGGCCGUUUCCGGCCACCGCAUCUCCCUCCGUCGCUGCUGUAACCAUGAAUUUGCACAAAGGAACAGGGUAGCUGAGCUUUGUUGAAUCUGAAAUCUGCCUUGGUGUUUUAGUGUUUUGCUUAAAAAAGGAGAGUGAGAGAGCAUAAAAUGGAAUGCAACAAAGAUGAGGCCACCAGGGCCAAAGAGAUUGCUGAGAAGAAGUUCUCGGCGAAAGACAUUGCGGGGGCAAAGAAAUUUGCUCUGAAGGCCCAGAACUUGUAUCCUGGACUUGAAGGGAUUCCUCAGAUGAUGGCUACACUUGAUGUGUAUGUUGCUGCUGGGAACAAAAUAAAUGGGGAAGCAGAUUGGUAUGGGAUACUUGGUGCAGAUCCACAAGCAGAUGAUGAGGCGGUGCGGAAACAUUAUAGGAAGCUGGCUCUUAUGCUUCAUCCUGAUAAAAACAAGUCUGUUGGAGCGGACGGUGCAUUUAAGUUUAUUUCCGAGGCAUGGAGUUUAUUGUCUGAUAAAACCAAGAGGAUGGCAUAUGACCAGAGAAGAAAUGGGAAAGUAUUUCAAAAGAGUUCAUCUUCUUUUGGGCGUUCAUCAGCAAAACCAGGGUCCAAUGGGUUUUUCAAUUUCACCAAAUCGAGUGUGAAGACGAACAAAAGCACUUCUCGAACUGGCCAUUCUUCAACUCCUGCUUCAUCUUAUAAGACGAAACCCAAUACCUUUUGGACUGUCUGUCAUGGAUGCAAGAUGCAAUACGAGUAUCUCAGAGUCUAUCAUAAUCAUAAGCUACUAUGUCCUAAUUGCCAUGAGCCAUUUCUAGCCGUUGAAAUGCCACCCCCUCCUUUGCAUGCUUCUAGGUCUGCUGCACCAUCGAGUUCUUUUAAGCAGCAGCAGAACUCAAACCAUCAAGCUGCUACUAGCAGAAACACAUCUCAUUCUGGAAGGAGUAAUGUUGCCUCUUCAAAUUUGGGAGCAGGGGGAUCCAGUGGUCCUGAUUCAAAUAACCAGGGAAACUUUCAGUGGGGCGCUUUCUCUAGAGCUGGUGGUGCUACAACUUCCGCUCAAGCUGUAAGUGUGGUCCAGCGGGCAUAUGAAAAAGUGAAGAGAGAGCGCGAGGAAGCACAGGCAGCUACAAAAAGAGAGGAGGCCAUGAAGAGAAAGAAUCGUGCUGCUUCAAAAAAGAUGUCUAGUGCAUCUUCUAAUGUACAUUCUAAUGCUGCUAAGAGAAGAAGAGGCAUGGAAGAUGUUGGCCAUGGAAACAACGGAAGUCCAUUUACAACGGGAUUUGGAGGAGCUGGCACAGCUAAUAUAUCUGGAUUUAGGCAGGGAAGUUCUGAAAAUAGGGUGAAUGGAAUCACUAAGCCCUACGGCAUGAGGGAUGUCUCCAAGUUUGAAACUCAAACCGUACUAAUGGAGAAGGCAAAGACAGACAUUCGCAAGAAUAUAAAUGAAUGGAAGUCCGCUACAGUAGUUAAAUCUGCCCCCGGAAAGGGGGUGGAGAAUGAGAAAGCAAUUGAUCAGGGGAAAAAUUCUUUGUCAAACCCUGAUGACAUAACUGACCAGAACAAGUCUGUGGAUAUGGAAAAUGUAGUCAAUGACAUCAAAAUUUCUCCCAUCACUUCUGGCAUGAAGACAGAUGCUGAAACUUUGGAAACGAUGUCAAUAAAUGUCCCAGAUCCUGAUUUUCACGAUUUUGACAAAGAUCGAACUGAAAGAUGUUUUGGGGAAAACCAGGUAUGGGCUGCAUAUGAUGAUGAUGAUGGGAUGCCCCGGUAUUAUGCUAUGAUCCAAAGUGUAAUUUCUUUGAAUCCGUUCAAAAUGCGGAUCAGUUGGCUUAAUUCUAAAACUAAUAGUGAACUGGGCCUCCUAAAUUGGGUUGGUUCUGGCUUCUCAAAAACUUGUGGCGAUUUCAGAGUGGGCAGAUAUGAGAUAUAUAACUCACUCAAUUCCUUUUCACACAAGGUUAGGUGGAUAAAAGGAACAGGUGGGGUGAUUCGUGUAUAUCCGAGGAAAGGGGAUGUUUGGGCUCUCUAUAGGAAUUGGUCCCCUGAAUGGAACGAGCUGACAGCAGAUGAGGUGAUACACAAGUAUGACAUGGUGGAAGUACUUGAAGACUAUAGUGAAGAACUAGGUGUAACUGUUACUCCCUUGGUAAAAGUUGCUGGUUUCAAGACUGUGUUUCACCAGCAUUUGGACCCCAAGGAAGUCAGGAGGAUCCCAAGGGAAGAGAUGUUUCGAUUUUCACACCAUGUUCCCUCAUACUUGCUUAUGGGUCAAGAAGGUCCCAAUGCUCCGAAAGGUUGCAGAGAGCUGGACCCAGCAGCUACUCCAUCAGAACUUCUUCAGGUUGUGGUAGAUGUCGAGGAAGAAGAGAUUGUGGAGAAUGGGGGAAAUAAAACGGAGAGCAAAGAAAGUAAUGAAGGAAAGAGCCAGUCACCUGUAACUUCAUGACCAUUUCCAGCUACGGGAUGUCCCUCACUGUUAACCAUGACUACAUCAAGGCAUCUUGCGGAUAUGAAAGUUGACAGAUUUGAAAAGAACAUUACCAAGAGAUGAGCGUGCCUGAAACAACCAAGAAAAAAGGGAAAGGACUAUCCUGUUGGUCCUGUUCUCCUUGGAUUCUUCAUGUUUGUUGUCACUGGAUCAUCAGCUCUAUUCAAGGUAAUCAGGACAGCCACAGGAGGAGGCAUGGCUUAAACUGUCACUGAUUUUGGGAGAUGGCAGCAGUGGAUGGUUGGUUGUUUCGGUUCCCUUUCCUAAUAGCAUGUAGGAUAGAUGAAGAAUACAUGUACUAGAUCAAUGUUUGCCCUUGAACUGAAAGAACUCCAACGUUCGAUUAAAAAACUUGCUCUUCACCGUGACUGGAUAAUUAAAACUGUUCAUUUUAGUUUUGCA